AUGUCGAUUAUUCGAUAUCGAUUUAAAGCAGACAAAAAUUUUGAAUCAGUAAAAAUUGAUGGAAUGAAUUGUUCUCUUGGAGAACUUAAACGUUUAAUUGCUGCAAAAUCAUCACGUUCAGGAACUUAUUAUCCUAAAGAUGAUUAUGAUUUAAUUAUUAGCAAUGCAAAUACUCAUGAAGAAUACAAAGAUAAUUCGGACUUAAUACCUCGUAAUGCAAGUGUUAUUGUAGCUCGACGUAUACGUGGAACAGUUGAUACAUUAACACCAUUUUCAAAUCAAAAACCUGUUGUUUCAUCAGAUGAUAUUGUCAAAGAUAUUCUUCGACCUGCUAUUUUAAAUCAAAGUCAAACGGUUACAACGACAAGUGCAUCAUCAAAUGUCGAAACUAAUUCAACUCUAUUGAAAAAAAAUUCUGAAUCGACAAGUAAUGCUUCAUCGAAAGAAUUGACUGAAGAUGAACUAAUAAAAGAAAUUCAAAUGGGUUCUCAAGCUCGUUAUGUAACAUCACAACAACCAUAUCGUACGAAUUUAUUUGUUUGUCACAAUUGCAAACAACCUGGUCAUAUAAAAAAUCAAUGUCCUUUAAUUCUGUCAUCAAAUUCAAUUUCAACCGGUAAUGCAUCUGGUUCAUCAUCAUCUGCCAAUGAUGGAACAUCUUCAACAAAUUCUGGCUCCAAUCGAUCAUCUGGAUCGCAUUCAUCACAUAUUGUUACACGUCAUGCACCAUAUCCAAUGUCUUAUCAUCAUCGUGGAAAUCGUUCUCAUCGUGGUGCAGGUCAUCCACGUGGUGAACCAUUACCUAAGAAAACUACUGGUAUACCACGUGAUCGUCUUAUUCCGGUUCCAAAACAUAUACCCGGUGCAUUAAGAGAUCAAAGUGGUGCUUCAGUUGUACCAAGACAAAUGGCAGAAUUAUAUGUCGAAAGAAUUGAAAAGAAAACAGAUUCAUCGGGUCAAAUAGGACGACAAACAGAUGAAAAAGGUGUUUCAUCAUCAAUAUCAUCUUCAUCAAAAUCAACUGAUAAUGAACUCCCACCAAAUGAUCUUCUUUGUCCUUUAUGUAAACAAGUUUAUACUGAUGCUGUUAUCACACCUUGUUGUAAUCUUAGUUUUUGUGAUGCUUGUAUUCGUACAGCUUUAAUUGAAAGUUCUGAACAUGAAUGUCCUCAUUGUCAUUGUCAACAUGUUGCCAUUGAUCAGAUAAAUCCAAAUUUAUAUUUACGAAAUCAUAUUAAACGUUGGCAUGAACGACAAAAUCAAUCAUCUUUUUCACAAAUAUUAAUGUCACAACAUCCAACACAAACAUUAGAUCAAGAUAUUGAUACAACACCAACAAAUCUUUCAAAUACUGAUGAAUAUGAACCACCUAUUCUUUCAACAAAUUCACAACAAUCUUCUGCACCAAUAAAAACAGCACCAAUUAUUAUUAAAAUGCAACCACUUGCAAAAAGUCAAUCACCACAACCAAUUGUUUCAACUCGACCAGCUGAUAUGACAUUUGAAGAUGAAAAAAUAUCUGAUAUUGAUCAAACAACAUCAAGUCAAAAAGAUGUUAAAACAAUUGAAGAAACAACAGAUACAAUAUCAUCAUCAAUUACUCCUGAAACUGAAAAACCAGAACGUGAAACUACUUCAACUCAAGUUGUUCCUGUAAACACAAUUUAUUCAUCACCAUCACUUGCACCAACCAUUGCGCCAACAAAUCCUGUUGUUCCUCAUUAUUAUCCAGUUCCUCAACAUCAUAAUGUUGUGUAUCCUCAUCAUAUUCCACCAACAACAUCAAAUGGUCUUUAUCCAAUACAACCAAAUUAUUAUCCACCUCCAGUUGCAGUUCGUUAUCCUGCUGGUGGUAUGCAUCAUUAUCCACCAUAUGCACCUGCUCCACCAAUUCAUCAUCAUCCUCUUCCUCCUCCUCCGCCUCCAAUUGUUGCUCCUCCACAUAUUCCAACAAAUGGUUAUAAUAUGCCUGGUUUUCAUCCUCAUUCAGCUGCACCAUAUACAUCAACAUCGACAUUCAUUGCUCAUCAUCAAACAGCUACUCAACCAAUAUCAACAGCUCUUUCAGAAAAUGAAUUUUAUAUAAAACAACGUUAUUUUCAACGAAUUCAACGAUCACCUAGUCGUCGUUCACGUUCUUCAUCUUAUUCUUCUUAUUCAAGCAGUGAUUCUCGUAGUUCAUCACGUUCACGUUAUAAUCGUCGUCGACGUUCAUCUCGUAGUCGUAGUCGUCAUAGAGUUAAAUCUCCAGUUCGUGAUAAUCGUCGUCAACGACGAUCAUCAUCCUAUCGAAAUCGACGACGACCGAUUGAAACCAAAGAAAAACCUUCAACAAAAUAUCGAAGAACACCACCUCGACCAGCUCGAGAUCAUGAACGACGUCGUUCACCUCGUCCACCACCUACUAUUCAACAAUCUACACAACGUACAAUAGUUUAUUUACAAGAAUCUUCACAUUCCAGUCGAGAUCGUCGUCGAACAAAAAGUCGUUCACGUGAAAAUGAUGAUCGUAUUAGUUCAUCAUCGAAAAAAGAACAACAACCACAAUCAGAAUCGAAAACAUCUUCGGUAUCAUCACCUAUAAAAACAACACUUUCAUCAAAAAUUGAAACAGUAGUUGAAGAAACACUUGAAAAAGUUCAAGAAGAUAAUUCUAAAAAUGGAAAAAAACAUAAAAAACAUAAGAAACAUCGUCAUUCAAGUUCAAAAAGCAAAAAACGUCAUCGAAGUAAAGAUAAAGAAAAAAAGACAAUUGUCGAUACAACAACAUCGGUCAUUGAAAUUCAUUCAUAA